GUAGGAAUGUGCUCCCUCCCUAUGGCAAGAUACUACAUAAUAAAGGAUGCAGACCAGAAAGCGCUGUACUUGAGUGAUGGCCAGCUCCUGGUGGGCGAUCCUGACGCAGACAACUGCUGUGCAGAGAAGAUAUGCAUCCUUCCCAACAGAGGCCUGGACCGCACCAAGUUUCCCAUCUUCCUGGGGAUCCAGGGGGGCAGUCGCUGUCUGGCAUGUGUGGAGACAGAAAAGGGGCCUUCCUUGCAGCUGGAGGAUGUGAACAUCGAGGACCUGUACAAGGGUGGUGAGCAGGCCACGCGCUUCACCUUCUUCCAGAGAAGCCUGGGUCCUGCCUUUAGGCUCGAGGCUGCUGCUUGGCCUGGCUGGUUUCUCUGUGGCCCGGCUGAGCCCCGGCAGCCAGUGGGACUCGCCAAGGAGAGUGAGCCCUCAGCCCGAACUAAGUUCUACUUUGAACAGAGUCGGUAGGAUGGCAGGAGCCUGAGUUUCAGGCUGG